AUGGAGGUGGAUCCUUCGAAUAGUGGUAACAAGAGAGUUUUGGAAUCAUCUGAUACUCAUCUGAGUAAGGCUCGAAUACCUCGUGUGAGAAAAACUACUAACAAAAAAAUCCUUCACUGCAUAAAAUUCUUUGCGACUCAGAACCUGGCUUUGCGAGGACACAGGGAGUCACUUGAGCUAGUCGAUGACUCCAAUGUGAAAAAUUUCCUUGGCUUACUGAAACUACUGGCCAUCUUUGACCCUGUCAUGAAAGAACACCUCACUCGUGUGGAAAGUCAUUCUGAAUCCAAGUCUUAUUUUUCACCGGGUGUCCAGAACGAAUUCAUUCAUAUGAUGGCAUCUACUAUUCGCCAGAGUUUACUGAGAAGCAUUCGUAAAGCCAAGUACUAUGGUCUCAUGUUCGACUCGACUCCUAGUCAGGCACACCGUGAGCAGAUGUCAGAAAUAGUGAGGUACGUGGAAGCUGAUUUUGAGAGGACAACAGUCCUUGUUGGUGAGUCCUUCCUUGGUUUUAUCCAGAUAAGACAGAAGGAUGCUGAGAGCUUGGUAGAAGACAUCUUGAAACAGCUAGAGAAGGACGAAAUGAAGCUACACGAUUGUCGGUCACAGUGCUAUGACAAUGCUGCUGUGAUGGCUGGACACAGAAGUGGUGUUAAUUUUAUUAAUAAUCUUGUCUUUAGAUAG